GAUUUUCCUCAGGCUCAUUCCGUUUAACUGGGAUUUUUCUGAGAGUUGACCUUGGAAAUUUAAUGCUGGUUGGCCGGGUCAUGCUGAUGGACCAGGACACUCAGUGGCUGUAUCAACUCCUGGUCGAGGUCCAGUUGGAGAAGUUCUACCUGCGUAUCAGAGAUGGCCUCAACAUUACCCGCAUUGAGCACUUUGCCUACGUCAAGGAGGCCGACUUGGAGCAGAUAGGAAUCAGCAAACCUGCACAAAGAAGAUUAUGGGAUGCUCUGAAACACUACAAGAUAACCUCACGAGGACGGUCAUGGAUGCACAAGGCGUCCAAAAAUGCGGAGGAGCCAUGGAACGGAGGUGGUCAGGAGGCCGGAAGCCGGGCUCUGCCAUGUUUGAUCCAGGACAGUGAGCUGAUCCUAGGAGAGAGGUUGGGCUCGGGGUCCUUUGGGGUGGUGAAAAGGGGAGAGUGGCACACACCCACAGGAAGAGUGUUGCCUGUGGCAGUAAAAUCACUGAGGAACAGCAUGUCAAGGCAAACAGACACACUGACGGACUUCCUCCAAGAAGUCACUACAAUGCAGUCCUUAGACCACCCCAACAUAAUACGACUAUAUGGCGUGGUGCUCACACAGCCCCUCAAGAUGGUAACAGAACUGGCCCCUUUGGGCUCAUUAUAUGACAUCCUUCGCUCACGUCAGUAUGAGUACCCCCUGGUCCGCCUCUGGCUAUUUGCCACUCAGAUUGUGGCAGGUAUGGAGUACCUGGAGACACGAAGAUUCAUCCACAGGGACCUGGCAGCAAGAAACGUGCUGCUAGCUUCCAGGGAGAUGGUGAAAAUCGGGGACUUUGGUCUGAUGCGAGGCCUGAGUCAAGAGAAAGACCAUUAUGUCAUGUCAGCACACAGAAGGAUCCCAUUUGCAUGGUGUGCUCCAGAAUCUCUUCGUGUUGGCUCCUUCUCCCAUUCCUCAGAUGUUUGGAUGUUUGGUGUGACUUUGUGGGAGAUGUUCACCUACUGUGAGGAGCCCUGGUUCGGUCUGUCAGGCCGACAGAUUUUGUGGCGUGUAGAACGGGAGGGCGAGCGACUGGAGAAGCCACCAGACUGCCCUCAGGAACUGUACGCUAUCAUGAGGAAGUGCUGGGCCUGCAACGCUGCUGAGAGGCCCAGCUUUGCCCAUCUAACCACAAUGGUGGCAGAGGCAAAACCUAUGGAAGUCCAGGCAAUAAGAGACUAUGCAGAGCCCAGAAAACUUCCACUUGCAACCAAUGACAUGGUGACUGUCGUCGAUCAUGGCCUAGAGAUGAACGAGUGGCGUGGACAGAACCAGAGGACGUUGCUCUUCGGCUGGUUCCCCGCCAGUCUCAUUGUCCCUGCCACCACUUCCAGCAGCACGGGGCCUAGCACACCUGGCAGUUCUCCUCUCAUCUCAACCCCACUGAAGGGCAGUCUGCAGCACACGGGGCACGGAGAUGUCAACCCUGACCGAAGCUGGGGGACGCCAGAGAGACUGGACAACAGCAGCAGCUGGAUUUCAGGAUCUGGCAGAGAGAGGGAGGGAUCCAAUCUGCAGAAAAUGGCAGGCCUCUCUAUGAGCUUAGAGUCAGUCUUAGGUGGACAUCGGCCCCGGGCUCAAACAGUAGGUGCUGUCCGAGUGGAUCAGCAGGGCAGACUUAUGCCUCAAGUGAUGGUCGCUCACAGCAUGGUGAUGCAGCAGGACCCUCGCCGCUUCAGUGAGGCUAGCAUAAUGCCCCCUCCUCGCCCGCCACCCCCCAACCUGAAACGCUUGAACAUGAAAGCUCAGAGGAGACCCACCGUUGAUCCAACCCCAGGUUCCUUGUGGCAUCCACAGACUGGCCAAUUCCUACUGACACAGACACAACCACAGCUCCCACCUCAGCAGGGGGCUGGAAGCUCCAACCUGGUUAAAAUGGCCCAGAUGGCACGUUCUACCCCACAGCUGGACGAGGACACCAGAGACAGAGACCGAAUAAGGAAUUUGGAACAAUCUCCUCAUGUACUGACCACAAGAGAUGGCCUCAUUGCACAGGUGAUGGAAGCAGUUCACGGAGCUACCACUGAAGAGGUUCAGAGUGCACUUCAGCGUAAUGACUGGAACCCAGUCCGGACUGAGCAACAACUCAAGCUGGAGCAGCUGUAUUCACUCAGCCUCUGUUCUAGAGAGGACUGCAUGAAGAUCCUCUCCAAAUACCAGUGGAACCUGCAGCAGGCCAGCCGCUUCCUGAUCCGAUGGCAUCGAGAAGAGAGGCCCAACGAGAAGGAGCGAGCUCAGAUUAGCACAGAAAGACGAGUCUGAAGAGAUUUUUAUCUGGCCUUGACUAGAUUAGCUUUUCCCAUCAAUGUCCUGCUCAAUGUUCCAAAAGAAAAAAAUGAAGGAAGUUAAUGCAAAAAAAAUUAAAAUAUGUUAAAAUAUUGGAAUUUAGUAAAAAGACUGUCUUCCACUGUUUUUAUCCAUUAUGUCUUUAAAAAAACAAACAAAUUUAGAUAUAUUUUGUAUGUAAAAUGUUAAAUAAACUGUCAUGUGAAAACCUUUGUCUUUUUCCAUUAUAUAAAUGAGGUCAUACAGGCACAUGGAGGACACACACACUACUGAGCCUCAUUUUGACUUGUUUUAAGGACAUUACAUCAGAGUUGGAUCAGCCUGUAGUACAUUUUUCCACUUUAAUUUUGAGUGACUCCAA